CCCACCUGGGGAGCAGUCUGGUGACUUUUUUCACUGACGCUGCAGAUGGAGUGGAUGUUUGCAGAGAACUAUCCACAACGACUCCAAGAUCUCUCUUGAGUGGUAACAGCUAAUUUAGACCCCAUCAGUUUGUAUGUAUUCUGUUUUCCAAUGUGCAUGACUUUGCCUUUACCACCAUUGAGUUUCAUCGGCCAUUUUAUUGCCCCGUCACCCAGUUUAGUGAGAUCCCUUUGUAAUUCCUCGCAGUCUGCUUUGGACUUAGCUGUCCUGAGUGAUUUGACGUCUAACGUCUCUGUGAGCAUCUGCCGUGCACAGAGCAGUGUUGAUGUUGGGUCUCUGUUGGGGUGGAAGUGAAAGCCCUGUGCAGUGUGUUAUCGACAGUGUUGUGAGCAAUGGCAAGGUGGACAGGAACGCAAAAUUCUUUCCCCUUAGCUUCUUCUCUCCGUGCUGCUAAGGUUUUGGGCGGCUGGGGCGUGUCUUGAUACCAGUCGUCGUCAUUUUCCUUUUCUGCUCUAAUGUUUAUUGCCCUGGUUCACGAAGGUCUCACAGUGCUUCAGAGCCCCGCUGUCCUCCGAGCGUCCCCCGGCGAGACCGUGAACCUCAGCUGCUCCUUCGAGAACAGACAGGGCAGCGUGGUCAAAGCGACGUGGACCAUAUCACCCGGGGUUGUGCUGGAAUCUGACCAUCCCUUCUACCGCGGACGGCUCAAUAUGUCCGACCUGAAUCUGCUCCGGAAAGGGGAGGUCACGCUGACCCUGUCGGAGCUGGAGAAGCGGGACUCUGGUCUCUAUCAGUGUCACAUCAGCAUCCGCCAGGGAGAGAGCGGGACAGGAGCGGGCACCGAGCUGCAGGUGAUGGGGAGGAACCAGAGUGACACAGGUAAAGAACCUGCCCCCGUAGGGUGCUGCGCCCGGGAGCUCCUGUACCAGGUCGCCAUCGCCUUGGGGCUCCUUCUGAUCCUUGGCCUGGUGGCCACCCUCCUCCUGAAGAGACACCGAGCGCCGCCCCCCUUGCAACCCCGCCAGCGGCAGCCGAAGGGCCACGGCAGCCGGGGGGCCGAGGAGAGCAAGAGCCUGCACUACUCAGAGUUUAAAAUCCAGACUCCAGGACGCAGGGAACACACCUCCAACCACGCCCAGCGGCGCUGAGUCCCUCCGCACCCAGCACCACCUGAGUCCCUCACACUCACAGCCACGCCGCCACGAGGGAAUUCCCCACAGGAGGAGACCCUCACAGGGUUUGAGGGAGAGCAGAAGAAAGUUAUGGUCGUGAAAGUCCAUGUGAACCCCAACAAAACCGAACUAGCCCUGUCUACGGCAGGGAAUAAUCUACUAGGGCAUGGAUCUACCCUCAGGAAAUGCCUUCUCCGGGGCCUCCUGGAUAUUACUAUAUCACAUCCCUGUGUGUUAUUUCCCUGUCCUCUCCGGAGUGAUUGCAACGCCUCCCUGUGGAGCGUGACCAGCUGGGGGUAAUUAACGCAGCGUCUGGUCCCUCUUCCUAACUGAGCACGAAGAGAAACGCUCGCCCAGCUCAGCAUCCUGUGGGCGGUGGAACUGGUCUGAGUGACCAGCGUGACUGCUCCAGCCGGCUGGAAUUGCUCAAAGAAAGUGAUUUUUUUUGGUCUAAAAAUUAAAUAAUUUCUUUGUGUGAAAAA